GAGGUACAAUGGAAUUCCUCCGGUUGUUCACGGUAAUAAUAUGUUCCUCAGGACUCGUUCAUUCAUUCUGUUCUAAUGACCGACCACAGCAUAAACAAAGCAUCGUCCCCGUAGUCGGUGGACUGGAAGUUAGGGGGACGAUUACAUAUAGUGGAACGGACCUGAAUGACAGUUGUGUUUGGACUAUACCAUCAGUUUCGAAUAAAGAAUUUUUGCUGGCGUUACAAAUAACAAGGAUAAAUAUGCAAAGACCAGAUGAAGCGUGUUAUGGGGAAAUACAAAUCGGAGAACUUAAUCCACCGUUAUGCAAGGAUGAUGAACCAACACGAUGUCACGUAUACGGGAAGGCUGGUAACGCAAGAUGCCAAAAUACAACACCAGAUUCGAUGAACUGCCCCGGUUUCCGAUCUCAUAAAUCGGGAAUUCCUCCCCAGGGAGGAAGUUUGUCGUUCUUGAGGAAAAAUGUUGUGACUGUUUCAACAACUUCUACGUUAGAAAUUGAAACGAGCGUAACAUCAAUAACAGAGGAGCGGGCGGCGGAGGACUCUUAUUCAUCGACGCCAGGCGUUAGCUUGAAAUCAACUGCAAACACAUCAGUAUCUGUCUUGAUAUCUACAUUAAGCAAUAAAGGCAAGUCUCAUUUCUUAAUCCAUAAAGUCCUUUCACAAUUGUAG